AUGUUUCCAUCACUACAAUUCCAAAACUCCUACCUCAUAGCGAUUUUUCAAACUUCAUCUAUCUUUGCUGAGGAGCCUGCUGGAGCAGAUCUCAUUUUUGACCAAGGAGACAAUGUAACGGGUAAGAUAUCAAGAGAGCAGGCUGCUCAGAUAUGUGUUGCUGUGUUGGAAAGCCCCUAUGCAUCUGGCAAGACAUUUGAGGUUAAAAGUGUUGUGCCAUUUAGUGAGCCAUUUACAGUGGACCCUCAAAAUCCAUCCCCCGAGAAGGACUACAAUGUUUACUUUAAAACUUUGAAAGAUGGAAUUACAGGAAAGGAAAUCCUCGAACAAGAUCCUGUACCAGUGUAA